CCUUGUGUGGCUACGUUUGCCGAUCUAGCCUAGCAUAUUAGUUGAGAAAAACUAGAUGUUUCUUCGUCUUUCUCUGUGAUUCGAAGACAACGUUUAUAAUCUCUUUCUCAAAUUUACAACCAUCCAAAACGUGAUGACAACUCAUCCUGAAGUUCUGUGGGCUCAACGUAGCAGUGAUUCUGUUGCUGACAAGAACAUCGUUUGGUUGACCGUGAACGUGCCAGACAUUGACGAGACAAGUCUCCAAUAUGAACUGACGUCUACCGAGAUUUCUUUCAAAGCAACGUCAAAAACCGACAAGAGAGCAUAUGCGUUUUCGCUCCCGUUAUUUGAUGAAGUAGACACAGAAGCGUCUCUACACAAAUUGAGCUCGCGUUCUUUCACGGCGGUGCUACGAAAGAAGGCCCUCAAGGCUGAGUACUGGCCACGACUAACGAAGGAAAAGAUGAAGCUGCCGUUUGUUAAGACUGAUUUCAGCAAAUGGGUCGAUGAAGACGAGCAAGACGGCGCCUCUUUGGAAGAAGAUUUCGGCGGCAUGGGAGACAUGGGAGGUAUGGGUGGCAUGGGCGGCAUGGGAGACAUGGGCAUGGGAGGUAUGGGCGGCAUGGGUGGAAUGGGCGGCAUGGGUGGUAUGGGCGGUAUGGGUGGUAUGGACUUUAGCAAGAUGAUGGCUUCCAUGGGCGGAGCUACUGGCCCAUCGGACGCAGAUGAACCCGCUGACUCUGAUUCUGAUGAUGAUGGCCCACCCCCUCUUGAGGAUGCUGAACCCAGUGCGUGACCGAUAGAGUAGCCCCUAAAAACGGAAAAACUGUACGCUGUAGAUGCGAUCCCGUUAAUUGUCAUUGCCAAUGAAUCUGCUUAUUGCACUAUCAUUCUUGCAAAUCCAGCAGGAAUAAGUAGGUGAACGUGCACGCGGGAAGAACAUUGUGUAGGUACCAAACACAUCCCACUUAAUGAUAACAAGGCAUCAUUUCUCCAUAUUUUCCUUCCUUCUCUCAUGUUCUUUAGUAUUCCUGGCUCCGCGGUAUUUAAAUCGUUCACUAAGCACCGGUAGAGUAGUUGAUUCUUUCCCCACACCGAAUAUCGAAUACAUUUAGUUUGGACAGCUCUCGUUCAAAACCCAAGUUUAUUCUCUUCAAGUCAACUCUUAUCGUCGGUCUACAAAUGCCACAGCCC